AUGUCAAGGCCAUGUGUCAGGUUUCACGUAUACCAGACCUCCAAUCUCCCACCACACGUAUACCAGACCUCCAAUCUCCCACCACACGUAUACCAGACCUCCAAUCUCCCACCACACGUAUACCAGACCUCCAAUCUCCCACCACACGUAUACCAGACCUCCAAUCUCCCACCACACGUGUACCAGACCUCCAAUCUCCCACCACACGUGUACCAGACCUCCAAUCUCCCACCACACGUGUACCAGACCUCCAAUCUCCCACCACACGUGUACCAGACCUCCAAUCUCCCACCACACGUAUACCAGACCUCCAAUCUCCCACCACACGUGUACCAGACCUCCAAUCUCCCACCACACGUGUACCAGACCUCCAAUCUCCCACCACACGUAUACCAGACCUCCAAUCUCCCACCACACGUAUACCAGACCUCCAAUCUCCCACCACACGUAUACCAGACCUCCAAUCUCCCACCACACGUAUACCAGACCUCCAAUCUCCCACCACACGUAUACCAGACCUCCAAUCUCCCACCACACGUGUACCAGACCUCCAAUCUCCCACCACACGUGUACCAGACCUCCAAUCUCCCACCACACGUAUACCAGACCUCCAAUCUCCCACCACACGUAUACCAGACCUCCAAUCUCCCACCACACGUAUACCAGACCUCCAAUCUCCCACCACACGUGUACCAGACCUCCAAUCUCCCACCACACGUGUACCAGACCUCCAAUCUCCCACCACACGUAUACCAGACCUCCAAUCUCCCACCACACGUGUACCAGACCUCCAAUCUCCCACCACACGUAUACCAGACCUCCAAUCUCCCACCACACGUGUACCAGACCUCCAAUCUCCCACCACACGUGUACCAGACCUCCAAUCUCCCACCACACGUGUACCAGACCUCCAAUCUCCCACCACACGUAUACCAGACCUCCAAUCUCCCACCACACGUGUACCAGACCUCCAAUCUCCCACCACACGUAUACCAGACCUCCAAUCUCCCACCACACGUAUACCAGACCUCCAAUCUCCCACCACACGUGUACCAGACCUCCAAUCUCCCACCACACGUGUACCAGACCUCCAAUCUCCCACCACACGUAUACCAGACCUCCAAUCUCCCACCACACGUGUACCAGACCUCCAAUCUCCCACCACACGUGUACCAGACCUCCAAUCUCCCACCACACGUAUACCAGACCUCCAAUCUCCCACCACACGUAUACCAGACCUCCAAUCUCCCACCACACGUAUACCAGACCUCCAAUCUCCCACCACACGUGUACCAGACCUCCAAUCUCCCACCACUCCUUUGUUUAUCAGUGGAGGAAGUGCGACACAGACUGGAGCCAGCCAAGCCCAUCCUACCCAGCAGAGCCUCAUCUGCAGCAACUGUCCAGGAGGAGGAGUUACCGGUACAUGGACCUUCCUUCACGGAGUCUACUGCCAGACCUUCCAAACCUACCACAGCAGCCUCCAGCAGCAGCAUCAGUUUCAAGAGACCCAGAGGAUCUGGACAGGAGGAGGAUACCAUCACCCAGGAUGACGUGAUGGAUACCCUGCAGGAGAAUGUGAAGGAGUCAGAGGCUAUACUCAACGGUUUGGUCCAGCCUCCAGCAAUCACCCCUGAAUCGACAUUUGCCAACUACGUGAGGGACUGUCUUCUCACCAUCUCAAGGCUGAAGUUCAAGAAGGCCAGGGCCAGCAUCAACAAUAUUCUCACGCGGCUGAUGGAUGAAAACAUUGAAGAGGAAGAGGAGGACCUGCCUACCUUCUCUGCUAAAUGUCGGUCCGCCCCCUUUUGGCAUCACAAGCACCAGCCAAGCCCAGAGCGACAUGUUUCUGCCGGACCCUAG